CAAAUAAAAUGAGAACGCAUCGCAACGGCAGUUGACUGUUGAGUGAGCUGUUAGUUCGGUAAUGUUGGCCAACCGUCAUUUCAAUUUCAAACGGUUUUCGAUCGUGUAGUGUUUUAUGGCGUUUGUCAAACUAACAAAACUUUUUGAAAAGUGGAGUUUAUAUCCCAGAUAUGUCUAUUUUUAAUGAAUUAUUGCCUAAAAUCAAUGAGAUAUCUAACGUUUUUACAAAAAACUUCAAUGAAGACCUUAAGGCCGUGUUCGAAUGUUUUGAUAAAUUUGAGGAGGAAUUUCAAAAUGGACGAGGAAAGGCGCGGGAGAAGACCGCAAAAGAUAAAAACCCUAUGACGACGCUUCAAAGUAUCCAUGAGGACGAAGAUGAAUCAGUCAAAUCAGUUGAGUCUGCCAGUGCUAAAAGCAGAACGAGCAACAAAUCUGACGAGACCGGACGCAGUUCAACAGAAAGUAACAGUGACAAACCAAGACGGGCUUCUAAGAAACGCGGUAAAAAUGAAGUGGAUGGCAUGUCCAGUCCUGAACAGGAUAAGAGACAGAAGAGGAAUGCUUCUGUCAAAGCACAGAGCAUUAUUAGUAAACAGGUGAAUGUAAACUUAACACAAAAACUACGCCGCGAGGACCCUGACAGAGCCUCAUCGCGGAGUCGGCGGAACAAUGAGGAUGAUAAGGAAAACUCUGAACCAGUGCCUAACAUACAAAUCAAAGAAGAGAAAGUCUCCUUACCACCAGAGCCAAUGGACACGGAUACUUUGCCACUGGAUAUUGAAGUUAAACAGGAGGCUGAUAAGGAUGAAAUUGCUAUGCCACCACCAUCUAUGCCUGUGCCAAAGCCUCGUAAGGCUGCAGCUAAGGAGAAAGCAGAUGAUACUUCCGAGGAGGAGUCCUCAGGAAGAAGAAGGACCACCAGGACCAGGAAACAGAAUGAAACUGUGGCGCCACCUGUAGCAGCGUCCAGGUCGACUCGCGCCAGUUCCCGCUCGGCGCGCAAGACGGACGCAGAGGAGGCGCCGCCCGCGGAGACCAGGCCUAAACGCACUAGGGCUAAGAAGAAAGUAUCAGAACCACCAGUAGAAGUUGAACCGGAAACUGCAGCAGAAGAGAGUCAACCAGCCUCUCCGGCUGAGAAACCACGCCCCAAAAGGACGAGACGAGGCCAGAAAGCUGCCGACAAAGCAGAAAAACAAGACACAACACCAGUCGAACCAAUCAUAUCACCUAAAGAAGAAAGAAAAUCAGAGCCAGAAAUAUCAUCACCUAUAUUACAGAAGGAAAUACCUAAGAAAGGGAAAAAGGACCCUGUGGUUGAGAUCACAAGGUUGAAUUUGGAUGAUGUUGAUGCUCUCGACAAGACGAGAGUGUUGCCUCAGGUCGGCGAUAUGGAUAAGACUGUGGUGUUGCCUAAUGGAGUGUAUAAUCACGCGCCGGUUACGCCUAAGAAUGUUCGCAACAUGAACGAAACAGUGGUUAUCGAAGCAUCGACCAGGGAGACUAUAGUUAUAGAAAAACCAAAGAACCAAAUCAUGGAUUCGACUGUCGUUCUCGACAAAGAUCCUAGAGCUACAAACCUGACGGACGACAACUCGCUGUUAACAGACGACAGUGAUUCCCCCGAGUUGCACACGCCGCCUAAACAACAACCACCUAACAUACAACCUUCAUCGGCAGUAAAAGAGAAGGUGCAACAAUUCGAAGAGUUAGCGUCGCGAGUUACAAGGACCAAGACCAGAGCUAUGGCUAAGAAGGCUGAAGAACAGACAGAGACUCACACACCGCCCGACAAGACAAUCAAACCAGUGCUCUCAGCUGAAACACUCAACAAAAUGAACAACAUGAUCUUCAAUGGGAAGGUUCCACAGAUAUCAAGUUCGGCAACAAAACCUCGCGCAAUACCGACCCCCACCACCAAGUCUUUCAUUCCCGCUUCAACAUCCAAGUUGAGUGGAAUCAACCGCGCGAGGGAGGCGGAGGAACUCAAGAGGGAGAGAGAGGAUGCUAGGAAAAAGAAGGAGGCUAUGUUGGAGGCUAAGAGGGAGUUGCAGAAGAGGAAGCGUGAAGAGAAGAUGGCAGCGGCGGCGGCAGCGCGCGAGGCGGCCGAGCGCGAGCGGCGCGCCGCCAUGGAGCUGGCCGCGCGCGAGCGCCGCGACAAGCAGGCGCAUGCCGACCUCGGCAAGCAGGAGCGGCUGCGGGAGGCCGAGCGGAAAAAGCAAGAGCUAGCUCGCAAAGUAGCAGAAACAGAAGAAAGACGGCGCGCAGAAGAACACGCGAGACAACAACGUUUAGCGGAGGAACAGAGACGAGCUGACGACACCCGCCGGAAACAACUGGAAGAGGCAGCUGCUAUGAAGAAAGAAGCAGCUAUCAUGGCGAAGGAAAUCGAGAAGAGACAAAAAGAGUACAUUGAGAAACAGAAAAUAAAGCAUAAAAUGGAAAACAAAUCGCACACCCCGCUGAAGUCAGCGGGCACUCCGGGCGGCUGGCACGGGUCCGCGCUGGAGCCCGCCUACAUGGCGGACGGCUUCCAGUACCUCAACUCUGACGAGGACGAGGAACCCGUCGAGAGGCCUGUGCCAGAGUGGAGCACUUCCAAGGCCCGCAAGCAGCAGCUGUACAUCCAGGCGGGCGUGGGCGCGGGCCACGUGGACCGGCUGUUCAGCGUGCGCGUGCACUCGCCCGACCUCAGCGACAUCUUCCCCAACAUCGAGCGCGCGCGCCUCAAGCGCACCUCCUCCGCCGUGUGGCGCACGCCGCCCGCGCGCCUGCCCGCGCUCCCAGAGUGACACAUGACAUUAAUGAAUUACAUCACGUCGCUGGCGGCGCCAUGUGUACAUAUCGUAGCUGUAUUAGUUUACAAUGUAAUCACUUUGUAUUGGGCACGUACUGUGCAGACACUAAUAGAUAAAUAUCUAGUGUUCAGAGCAUUAGUGAAGCGGUAUCCUCGUUUUUCCUUGUGUGGGUAGUUUGUAGUUAAUGUGGUCUUGCUUAAGUAAUUGUCGCAGUAGAAAAUGGUAUGUUAGAUUCGUUUAUACCUUUUUCUGUAGAGACUUGAUUGCUGUCGACAAAAAAUUUGAUUAAUAAUAAUAUUUAUAGACUCGUCUGGAUAAAUCGAUGAGAAGCGAAAAAAAGGCGUUAUGCCAGUCUGUUUUCUUUACACCAAGAUUGUCAAUAAAUAGACAUUGUAUAAGGACAACUUUGGCAGAAUCGAACUAACAUCACUUACGCAAUGUAUAACGUGGACUCUUUUAAAUGAAAAAUAAAACAACUCAGUUGCUUACAGCCCAGUUAUCAUCAUGUGUUACAAACAUUGCGUAUGUUGUGUCAGUUGGUCUGUGCCUUAGUUUUCUACAACUUACAUUGUGUCUUCCUACCCUUGAAGGUGUACUGUAAUUCUAAGAAAAAUACUGCUGAAUUAUGAGUCCAAUUUAAUUGUAAAACAAAAAAAAUUGCAAGGAUGACCCAUGAGACUUACAUUCUGCCCAUACUGAAGAAAUAAUCGUGAUACUACGAUGACUAUAGAUCAAUAAUUAUAAUAUAUGAAGUUUUUAAUAGUUAUUGUUAUGCAAUUUAUAUGUUAAGACAUGUUUGAAUGAUUUUAGUUUAACGGUUUUCUUUGGAUUGCUAAGUUUUUAGAAUAUGUUGUCUAUAGGACCGUUGUUUAUGAUUAUCAUGAUGAUUUUAAAUGUUUUAUUGAUAUGUCUGUACCUUAAAUUAGUACUCAGUGCCUUGAUAAGUACUCUGCUUAUGUGAUUCAAUGUACAAGGAAAAUGAUAAGUAAAAUAAAGUGCCAUCAUCGUGUUUCCAAUGCCAAUUUUUAAGACAACUAUAAUAAUAACGAGUGCCAAUGUACCUACAUAUAACUUCUAUGACUAGUAGUCUCUUUAUUUUUCCAAGCUGUGUAUAUUUGGACAGAAAACAAUUAUGUCGAGAAUUAACGUACUUAGGUAUCAUCAAUUGAGAAGGCUCCUCUUGCACCUCUAAGUACCCGCCAUUUGAAAAUACUCCUUAGCCAAGCCUUGUUCUUCAUAGAAAGAAAGCUUUUCUACUUAUAUGUCAGAAUGCCUGAUGUAUACAACAGAGUAAUGAGCAAAUGGAAUAAAACUAAUUCAUGUAACCAAGCAAGUAUGUAUUCUAAUCAAAGUAUUUAUUUGAAUAAAUUUACAGUCUCCCAACAAUGUCUUAUGCUCAUCCAACACUCCAUUUGCUGAUUACUCUGUGUUAUCUCAUUUUGUAAAUAAUUUCACAUUAUUAUACCAAAAUGUAAAAAUCAUGUUGUUUCCAUGUAUGUAUGUGACUAAGAUCACACGAGUUUUAGAAUAAUUUUAACAUUAAGACUGCUAUGGAUUUUGAUUGUAAGUUAGAAUAAAAAUUUACAGCGAGUA